AUGGCGAGAGGCUUUCUUCGGGCCUUCUUCGCAAGCCCAGACCUGGAUGUGCCGUCUCCCUCUUAUUUGUUGCAUUUCACCUAUGGCAAUUCAGGUUCGGCAACUUCACAGCCGAAUGCCGGAAACUGCGAGGGGCCUUCCCUGGUUCCCGGCUGUGCAGUGCACCACAUCGAUCCAUACAGACUUCCAGCCGGCAAGAUUGCCUCUUUGAUCGACUUUGAGGCGAUUUGGCAGGCCAUUUGUCUGGUGGAAUGGCCCGAGCGCUUGGGGGAUCAGCUCGUGACAAAGGAUUGCCCACAGCGCCUGGAGGUCGGAUUCGAAGGUUUUGGACCCCAGGCGGAGGGAAGGAGGGUUCUGCUCAGCGCCGUUGGACCACGAUGGCGCGACGCCUUGAGGCGGUGGCAAGCAGAGGGCGGUCCGCUGCGGUCACGGUCAAGCGAGCCUCCAACCCACAACGAGACCCCCGAGUUCACAGGAGCUGCUUUGCCCGCUCCACUCUCUGCAGUUGCACCUGCUACUAGUUCAAGCUCACGCUCCAGGAACUGCCGUACAUUGGCCGAUGACAGAAAGCAAUGGUUGGUGCUGGGCAUUGAGUCCAGUUGCGACGAUACUGGCGCUGCUGUUCUCAGGGGUGACGGCCAGAUCCUCGGGGAAGCUUUGGCAUCACAGGCUGGUAUCCACGAGCAGUGGGGCGGCGUUGUACCCAGGCUUGCACAAGAAGGCCACAAGCAGGCCAUAGACGGGACGGUCGAAGAAGCUUUGCAACGAGCAGGAGUUGCAGCAAGCGACAUCUCGGCCGUCGCUGUGACCGUGGGGCCUGGCCUUGGCCUUUGUCUAGAGGUUGGCGUUCGCAAGGCAUUGCAUAUCGCUGCCGCACACCGGUUGCCGUUGGUGCGCGUGCAUCACAUGGAAGCUCACAUGAUGGUGACACGAUUGCCUCCACUGGCACAAUCCCAAGGUCCACAGGCAGAUCUGGUUCAGCCCGAGUUUCCAUUCAUUACGCUUCUUGUUUCUGGUGGUCACAACAUGGCCGUGUUGACCAGAGGUGUGGGCCGGCAUACUAUUUUGGGUAGCACCAUCGAUGACUCCAUUGGUGAAGCCUUCGACAAAACGGCCAGGCUAUUGGGGAUCACAAAGGUUCCUGGUGGACCGCAUUUAGAGCGCUUAGCCAAAGACGGGGAUCCGAAGGCACAUGCACUCCCAAAGCCGCUUGCAAAAACCAGAGACAAGGUUUUGCAGGAAGGCUGCAACUAUUCCUUCUCCGGCUUGAAAACGGCAGUAAGGACGCUGGUGGAACGGGAAUUACCAAGCGCAAAGGCGGACACACUGUCCGAGGAGGAGCUGCACAAAGCCAAAGCCGAUGUAGCCGCCGCGUUCCAGCAAAUGGCGGUGCACCAUUUGUGCGAACGAGCCUCACGAGCUGCAGGCUGGGCUCUGGAGCUGGAACCUGAUACCAAAUGUCUCGUGGUGGCUGGCGGUGUGGCCGCCAACCAAGCCGUGCGCAAAGGCCUGGAAGAGGUUGCAAGGGAGCACUCCCUGCAGAUGUUUUGCCCGCCGCCGCGGCUCUGUGUCGACAACGGUGUCAUGGUGGCUUGGGCAGGGAUUGAGCGCUUACUCCUCGGUCUCUUCGAGGAGCCGCCUUCUGUUGAUAGUGCUGACAGCCACGUGGAAAUUCGGCCGCGCUGGCCUUUGGGAGAGAGGGACCCGCGGAGUCAGCAACAGAGGGUCCCGAAAGGUCAGAAAAGAAAAACGCCUGCAGCCGAGCUUAACAAAUCUGCCAAUGAAGCAGAGGCCAAGCUACGCUGCGUGGAAGGCCCCGAGAAGGCGGAAUGA